UUACUUCGUCUAGUUAAUGAGUUUAAUUAACUAGCUGGUUUAAACCAGAACACUAUUACCUGUGUGUGUGUGUAAAUGGACUCGGUAGGAGGAGUUUGCUGCUAAUGCUGAUCAGCAGCCGUUUUUGUUUUUUUGAUCAGCAGCCGUUAUGCUCCCUACGUCCUCGUGCGGCUGACGCAAAGCGCUACAAUGUCUGCUCUCGGUCACACGCGCUUUGUUGUUUAGUGACCCAUUGUCUGCAGUCUGAGCCGCUUAUUUGCCUCCAGACCUCCCAGCAGAGUAAUUUCACCGCAGGUUUCAACCCAAAAUGGCAGUGGGCUUGACCCAGCUGCUUGUAUCAGGAGUGUUGCUGUGUGAGCUGCUGCUCCACUCAGUGUCCCAGCAUGAAGCCAACGUUCACAGUAAGAAGCCCAAUUUCAUCAUCAUACUGGCAGAUGAUAUCGGCUGGGGCGACCUGGAUACUAACCAGCCUGAAGAGAGAGCCAACAACACUCCUUACCUCAACCUGAUGGCCCAGCAAGGACUAAGAUUUACAGACUUCCACUCUCCAGCCUCGACAUGCUCUCCAUCUCGUGCUGCUAUCCUGACGGGCCGCUAUGGCCUACGAAACGGGGUGACUCAUAACUUUGCGGUGAAUUCUGUAGCCGGUCUGCCUCUGUCUGAAGUUACGUUGCCACAGCUAUUAAAGAAGGCAGGAUAUUACACUGCUAUGAUCGGGAAAUGGCAUCUCGGACACAAUGAACCAUACAGUCCAACUAACAGAGGUUUCGACUACUAUUUAGGUAUUCCUUACAGUAAUGAUAUGGGCUGUACUGACAUACCAGGAUACAAUCUGCCCCAGUGUCUCCCCUGUGACCCAUCUGGACCUCAAGUGAUCAGAUUGAAGAGGAGUGUACAUGGAGGCUGUUAUUCCAAGGUGGGUCUUCCUCUGAUUGAAAACAGCAGUAUUGUGGAGCAGCCGCUUGACCUGUGGAAGCUAACGGAGCAAUACAAAUCUGCUGCACUCAGGAUUAUCCGCAAUGCUCGGGAGCGAGGUCAGCCCUAUUUCCUCUACAUAGCACUGGCUCACAUGCACGUCCCCUUGGCCCCUCCACUCUCUCCAGAUGCCCCUAUCACCACCACUCAUGCUGAUGGAGUGUACGCUGCCAGUCUGCAAGAGCUGGACAGUCUGGUCGGGGCAGUGAAGGUUACAUCUGAUGACACGGACAAAAACAACACUCUCAUCUGGUUCACUGGUGACAACGGUCCUUGGGAACAGAAGUGCCAGUAUGCAGGGAGUGUAGGACCUUUCGCAGGAAAAUGGCAGACCAGUAAAGGUGGAGGCUCAGCUAAACAAACCACCUGGGAGGGAGGUCACAGGGUGCCAACAGUGGCUUACUGGCCUGGAAGGAUCCCUGCAAACACAAGCAGCCCUGCCUUGCUCAGUGGUAUGGAUGUCUUCCCAACCCUUCUGUCCUUGGCAGGGGUAACUCCCCCAUCAGACCGACGUUAUGAUGGCAUUGAUGCCACAAACAUCCUCCUGCAUCAUGAACAGACAGGUCAUGAGUUUCUCUUCCAUCCUAACAGCGGUGCUGCAGGGAGGUAUGGUGACUUACAGACCGUUCGAACUGGGAGACACAAAGCUUUCUACAUCACAGGUGCAGCGGAGGCAUGUGGUGGUGGAACAGGUCUGCAGCAGCUCCAUGACCCGCCACUGAUAUUUGACCUGGAGCGUGACGAGGCCGAGGAAACACCCCUGCAGGCUGAAUCACCUGAAUACCAGGCGGUAGCAGAGAGGAUCACCCGCAAGAGGGAGGAGCUACUAUGGGACAUCGCCACAGACAAGUCGGUGUCCACAGCAGAUUACAGCACGGACAAGUCAGCAGCACCCUGCUGUGAUCCAAGACGGGCUGUUUGCCGAUGCAGCACGCUGGGCUGAGGGUGGGAGGACACACACUCACACAAAGGGCUGAUAAGAGAAGCUCACAGAUGGAAGCAAACAGAUGUGGAGACAAAUAUCUCCACUGGAUGAGCUCAGAAGUUUGUUUGUAGAAGGUGCUGUUUGGAAAGUUCAAUGUCCAGAUGCAGCAGGAAAUGUGCAAACAAGAGGAGAGGUCAAGGAGACGCAGGCAGAUGAACUUUGACCAAUAUGUGGUGAUGUGACUCAUGUCAUUUUCUGAGAAAUCAAUGGUUUGGGAAAAAUAACAGUCAGAUUAUUAAGGUUUUGCACAGACUGUAUUUAGCAUUUAACUCUGACGGUGGACGUGAGAUAAUGUAAUUAAGUUGUGGUUAAAGUGUACGGUUUCAGCUUAUUUAACAAUUUACUAAUUACUCACAGACAAAAAAAAACAAAACAUAACAAACGAACAUAAUCCCUAAGUCGAGAGCCCACUGACAUCACCAAAUGCCUCCCUUUGGAUGCGUUUUCAGUCCUUUUCAUUCAAUUUCUUUGCUGUAAGAAGCUCUUAGGUGCCUUCACUGUAUGUUUCGGCUCAUUAUCUAUCUGUACUGUGAAACACCAUCCCAUCAGUUUUGCAGCAUUUGACUGAAUUUGAGCAGAAAGUAAAGCUGUAUACCCUGCAUAGUUCCUCCUGCUACUUCUAUCAGCAGUCACAUCAUCAAUAAACACCAGUGACCCAGUUCUGCUGGCAGCCAUACCUGCUCAUACCAUAACACAGCCUCCCCCAUGUUUGACCGAUGACUUAAUCUGGUUGGAUCAUGAACCCUUUCCUUCCUCAACAGUUUUCUUACCAUCAUUCUGGUGCACGUUCAUGUUGGUUUCACCUGUCCGGAGAAUCUUUUUCCAGAACUGGGCAGGCUUUUUUUUUUUUUUUUUUAACGCUUCCUAAUGCUAAUGUUAGAAAUUAUAAUCAAGUGUAUGUUGAAGCAGGCCAUGCUAACAGUGUCUACAUCUAUUUAAUAGAUAAGCUGAAAUUUAGAAUCAUGCAGGCAAAAAUGGAUUAAUGGUAAUUAUUUAGAAGACUGAAAAUCAUACUAGUACAACUAACUGAUGACACACACACACAAAAGAAGAGUUCUUGUGGAUCAUCUCCAUGUUGUGACUCAUGAAUCAGGUGGGGCACUGUAGAGUUUGUCUGAAAGAUCUUUUUAGUUUUUUUUCUGUCUAGUAAUGGCCUACUUUAUGUGCAUCUUUGAACUGUAAAUUGAUAAUUCUCUUGAACACUCUUAAUCCUUUAUGUAUGUGUCUGUGACCUGUUAAAUUGUGCUGCUGCCUCUUGUAAUAGAACUUUCUAGUCUGUUAGACUUUUUGGUUUACUAAAAGUUGAACAAAUACAUAAAUUAAAAAAAAUAAAAGAACAGCUACCAAAUGAAAAUUCAA